GUAAAUUAUUAGUCGCGUCGCUAUCGUAAAAUACAGAAACUUUUUUGGAUAUUUGUGUUUAGUUUUUUUGACUAUGAUGAAACGGUAGAAUAUUUGUGUUUAUGUUAAUGGAUUAUAAUUCAUCGAAUAAAGUUAUUGUUUUUUAUUUGCAAAAUGUCCGGUAUACACAACUGCAAUCACGUAUCCCACUGUCCGACUGAAGAGUAUGGAAAUACACCAAAUUCCGUAGUGAACCAUUCGCCUGAAGUUCCCUCAAAGAAACCAAUUCGUCUCAAACACGUCGCGACUAGGAACGAAACGUACGAUUUUUUGCACCUGAGAGCGUUCGAGAAAAGAAAACCGAUUCGCCUAAAGAACUUUAGUACCAAUUCAGAUAGUUUCGAUACCUUAUACUUGAAAUCCGUCGAGAAAACACCAUGCAACGAUCAAGUUUGCUUAGGAAGCAUUAUGGCCACUUCUUCGCCAUCGGCUAUAAGAUCUCCUGAAGAAAUUUUAAAACAUGCCAACGAAUUUCUGGAUCAAUAUUUCACUUCAAUUAGAAGAGCUCAAAGUCCAGCUCACACAUCACGAUGGGAACAAGUCCAAAAUGAAGUAAAUAGUACUGGAACGUACCAGUUGACUGAAACAGAGUUGAUUUACGGAGCUAAGUUAGCCUGGAGGAAUUCAGUGCGAUGUAUUGGAAGAAUUCAGUGGUCCAAACUACAGGUUUUCGAUUGUCGUUAUGUUACAACUACGAGUGGAAUGUUCGAAGCUAUUUGCAACCACAUUAAAUAUAGCACAAAUAAAGGAAACAUUAGAUCAGCAAUCACUAUCUUUCCUCAACGUACCGACGGUAGACAUGAUUUCCGCGUAUGGAACCCACAAAUCAUCGGGUACGCCGGGUACCGUCAACCAGACGGAAGUAUUAAGGGAGAUCCUAUAAACGUUGAGUUUACUGAAGUUUGUGUAAAAUUAGGUUGGAAGGGAUCAGGAGGUAGAUGGGAUAUACUACCCUUGGUACUCUCUGCUAAUGGACACGACCCAGAUUAUUUCGAUAUUCCCAGAGAAAUGAUACUAGAAGUUCCCCUUGUACAUCCACAGUUCAGUUGGUUCGAAGAACUCGGUUUGAAAUGGUAUGGGGUUCCAGCGGUAUCAAAUAUGAUGUUCGACUGCGGGGGUCUGCAAUUCACAGCAGCUCCGUUCAAUGGCUGGUACUUAAGCACUGAGAUUGGCUGCAGAGAUCUUUGCGACGUUAAAAGAUUGAACAUGCUGGAGACCAUCGCUCAACAUAUGGGCUUAGAUACAAGAAGUCCAGUAACCCUAUGGAAAGACAAAGCGUUGGUAGAAGCAAAUGUAGCAGUUCUGUACAGUUUCCAAAAAAAGGAAGUUACAAUUGUGGAUCACCAUACAGCUGCAGAAUCGUUCAUGAAACAUUUCGAAAAUGAAAACCGAUUGAGAAAUGGAUGUCCAGCCGAUUGGGUUUGGAUCGUACCUCCGCUCUCUGGAUCCGUCACACCAGUAUUUCAUCAAGAGAUGGCGCUGUAUUAUUUGAAACCUUCGUAUGAAUAUCAGGAGCCAGCUUGGAAGAGUCAUAUUUGGAAUAAAGGACGUGAAUCUGUAAAAAGCAUCAAAUUGAGGAGAAAAUUCCAUUUCAAACAAAUAGCACGUGCAGUGAAGUUUACAUCGAAACUAUUUGGUAGGGCGUUAUCUCGUCGAAUUAAAGCCACUGUGUUGUACGCCACGGAAACGGGAAAAUCCGAAAACUAUGCUAAAAAGUUGUGCGAACUAUUCAGUCAAGCUUUCCAUGCACAAGUUUACUGUAUGGAAGACUACGACAUUUCAAAUAUUGAACAUGAGGCGUUGCUGUUGGUCGUAACUUCUACUUUUGGUAAUGGCAACCCUCCAGAAAAUGGAGAGGAAUUUGCCCAAAACUUAUACGCUGUAAAAAUGGCAGAAAAUGAUAUUUCAAAUGGUGAUGCUUCUAGUUUCAGUAUGGCAACAUCAAAAUCCUUCAUAAAGGUCAACAGUCAAACUGAGGUACCAACAAAGCACGGUCUAGACAGACUGAAUUCUGUCAAAAGUUCGUUAAACGAACCACUUCUCGACGAUAGCUUUGGGCCUCUAAGUAACGUUAGAUUUGCGGUUUUUGCAUUGGGAUCAAGUGCCUACCCACACUUUUGCGCCUUUGGAAAAUAUGUAGACAACUUACUUGGCGAACUUGGCGGUGAAAGACUAUUAAAAUUGGCAACAGGAGAUGAACUAUGCGGUCUUGAACAAGCUUUUAAAAAGUGGGCACCACAAGUGUUUAAGGUUGCCUGCGAAACAUUUUGCUUAGAUGACGAUGAGAUCCUUCAGGAUGCUGCCCUCACGUUGGAAUCUGAAUCGCUAACUGCUAAUAAUAUAAGAUUCCUGGAAAAACCUGAAACUACACAUCUAAAUGGUAUUUUCAAAUGUUAUAAUAAGAAAGCAUCCAUUUGCAAACUUAUUCGCAGAAAAAAUCUUCACGGUGAAAAAUCUCCUAAAGUGACACUACUUUUAGAGUUUUCUUCAAAUUUGGUCUACAAUCCCGGAGAUCAUCUUGGAGUUUUCGCGAGGAAUAGCCCCGAAGUUGUAGACGGUAUUAUAAAGAGAUUGCAAGGCGUUACUAACCCUGAUAUAUCCGUAGAACUUCAAAUACUCGAAGAGACUCAUACUUCUAAUGGUAUCGUAAGAAGCUGGAAACCACAUGAACGUUUACCCAGUUGUUCUAUCAGAGAAUUGUUCUCGCAGUAUUUGGACAUUACGACUCCUCCUACGCCAAAUUUACUUCAAUAUUUUGCCUCGAUAGCGACCAACGGAGAAGAAGCUAUAGAUCUUAAUUUAUUGGCUACUGACUCUAGUGCUUAUGAAGACUGGCGUCAUUGGAGAUAUCCACAUCUUUUGGAAGUUUUGGAACAGUUUCCGUCUGUUCGACCAUUCGCACCUAUUCUUAUAGCUCAACUAAGCAUACUUCAACCUAGAUUUUAUUCAAUAUCUUCCAGUCCGAUGAUGAAUCCCAAAGAAACCCACUUGACCGUAGCAGUAGUUGUUUAUAAAACACAAGACGGUCAAGGUGCCUCACAUUAUGGGGUAUGUUCAAAUUACUUGCAGGGCGUCCCAUUGGGAUCAGAUGUUUCUGUAUUUGUGAGAAGCGCUUCUGCAUUCCAUUUACCGACUGAUCCAAUGGUACCAGUUAUUAUGGUCGGUCCAGGAACUGGCAUAGCGCCAUUCAGAGCUUUUUGGCAAGAACGAACUAUGUUGUUGAAGAAAAAACAGAAAAUUGGGAAGAUGUGGCUUUUCUUUGGUUGUCGAACCAAAGAUAUGGAAUUAUAUAGAGAAGAAAAAGAAGAAAUGCAACGUAUAGGUGUACUCGAUAAAGUGUUUCUCGCUCUUUCUAGGGAACCUAAUAUACCUAGAACAUAUGUUCAAGAUUUGAUUGUGAGAGAAGCAGCUGAAAUCUAUCGACUUCUUGUAGGAGAGAAAGGACACUUUUAUAUUUGUGGGGAUAUCACUAUGGCAGAAAAUGUUUAUCAAACUUUAAGAAAUAUAAUUCAGAAUUAUGGAGAAUUGAACGAUGCUGAUGUUCAGUCUUAUAUGCUGCAAUUAAGGGAUGAGAAUAGAUACCAUGAAGACAUAUUCGGUGUCACACUUAGAACUGCAGAAGUACACAACAGAUCUAGAGAAUCGGCGAGAAUACGAAUGGAAACCGAAUCUUAACAAUAUUAAGGCAUUAUAGAUAUUAGAUACUCCAAUAUUUUUAUCCAGUUUGACAGUAAUCUAAGAAACAGACGAAGUUAAAAUUUUAUCAAUUAACGUUAAGGAAUUUGGUUAGUAAGGUUUUGACUGGCCAAAUAGAUAAUUAAUCUCAACAAAAAGUAAUUAUAUUUUCAUGUAAAUAAAUAUUAUAUACCAGACUUAAAAAAUAUGAUAAUUUAGUUAGUUCAAUGUCUAAAUGUUCGUUUUUAGUAAAUCCUGUAUGUUUAUGUAUUAGAAAAAAGCGUCAUCUAUUUGUUGAACUAAAUAAUUUGUCAUAUAUAGUCUGAAAUCAUAAAUAACUUAGACUUUCCUUAGUAAAAAAAAAUUUUAAUGAUAUAAUAGCGGACAUUAAAUAUCGAAAAUGUUCUCACUUGGUAAAACCAUAAACUAUUUUCAAACGUAGAUAAGUAACUCAUCAUUAAGAAUUGCACUUACACAAACGAAGAUAAUUUCAGUAAAAUUAAAUAGAAAUAUGAAUUUGUUGCUUCAAAGUUUUGUUUGUUAAGAUUUUUUGUUUUUCUUGAAUACCUGUAAGUAAAAUCAUAAUUAAGUAUAAUUUUUCAAAAUUAUAGAUAUGGAAAAUAAUAAAAUUGUGAAUAAUUGUUUUUUCUACUACAAUACAAUUAUUCUCAAUAACUAGCAUCACAUGCAUCUUCUUCAGAAUCAUUUUCGUUUAAAUCGAAGUCUAUUUAAAAUUGGUGCACGUUGCAUAUAUUGGUAUUCAACUUUCAAUCCUCCCCCUCUUUCCAUUGAUUCAGCAAUUGUUUCCAUGCUUGCCUAUCUUGUGUAAUCUUUCGGCAUGAUACGAUCUCAUAUUUAUUGAGGGUUUUCUUUGGACUACCCAUCUAGUCGGAGAUGUGCCUUUUGGCCGAUUGCCUCCUAUUUCCCUUCUAUGAUUAAUCUUUCCAUUAUUCCUGAUCUUCUAACUAUAUGUCCCAGGUACUGCAGAUACAUUAUUUUGGUUAGCAGCCUUGUACGUGGACCAAUUUCUUGUAAUACGGUAACUCGUAAGAUUAAUCUAUAAAUCCACAUUUCGAAAACCUCUAUUUUAUCUGCUUUGUUUAAAGUUCAUGUUUCCGCUGCGUACAUUGCAAUUGGAAAGAUAAGAGUAUCAACUAUACGGAGUUUCGUUGUUUUCGUGAUAGAUUUAUCUUUCCGUAUUUUAUGAAACUUGGUAGUCGCUGAACUUGCCAUAGUCAGACGGCGGCAUAUUUCGCUUUCGCAUUUCCCAGUGUUGGUAAUUAAGGAACCAAGAUAGUUAAAAUUGUUCACUUCGUAACCUGCAAUUUCUGAUGUUUGUGGAGAAUUGUUGUCUUGACUAUCAACUAUCAUUAGGCGUGUUUUGGCGUUCCCAUUUCCUCUAUUAUGGUCCAAAGAUAGCUCCAGUUAACUUUAUCAAACGCUUUUUGAUAAUAUACAAAACAGAGAUACAGACAAGCCCGAUAUUUGAUAUUUGUUUUCUAGUUCCUUUCCCUGGCACAAAACCUGCUUACUCCUUUGAAAGCUGUGGCAAAAGAAAUAGUUUGAGACGGUUAUGUAAGAUAUGCAGGAAGAUCAUGCUAGCGUGAAAGAUAAAAGAAACCGUUCUGUAGUUAUUGCACUCAAAGGGCGUAACUUUUUUUAAUAUUGAAAUAAACAGUGACUCUCCCCAAUUUUCAGAGUAUUGUCCUGUUUUUUUAUAUAAGAUUUUGUGAAAUAUUUUUAUUCCCUCCUUGGCAAGACUCUGCCGCUAUUUGAUCCGCACCAGGUGAUUUUUUGUUUUGGGGAAGUUUUAAAGCAUUUUCAAUUUCCGAUCUUAGUAUAUCAAGCUUUUGAGGUGUAGUUAUUUCUUCCGGCAGUUGUUCUAAAUUACCUUUGUAUUCAACUUUUAACACUUGGUGCUAAUGUUUGAACUUUCUUUCAUUAUCAAAUCCACAACGGUGGAGGAAUUUUUUUUAAAUGUUAUUAGUCCUUGUCUGUCUUUUUAGUUGGGAGUUUAUUAACUCGAUUGGAUUUAAAACAAUGUGACCAUUCUUCUUGGCCAUUUCGUCUACAGUAUAUUCUUCUUCUUUUUAUAAUGCUCUUCGAAAUAUGAACCAUGUUCAAGUAGAAACUUCUGUAUAUCUACUUUAAAAUAUUCAAUUGGAAUUUCACAUAUUUGUCUUGAAUGAUACGUGCCAUACACAAUCACACUGUUUUUAUGUAGUGCUGAUACCAGUUUUUCUUUGCAUCGAAAAGGGUCCUUCCAAUACCCCGGUGGUUAUCUAAAGAGCUAUUCUUAACUAACCUAACCAGCUCUCCACCCUAAUGGGGUGAUUUCGUUUUACAUUUCCAAUUGUAAUUUAUCCAGGCUAUACGAAGAGUAUCGUGGCUAUCCAACUAUGGUAAUCAACCUUUAGUACACCGCUCGCAACUAACUACUGAGUGUAAAACGGAAACCCUCCUAAAAGUACUUACCUGAUAAUUAUAGAGAGAAUAUUUCGAAUUAUUUUUAAUACUCUAUUUACUUUCAUUAUUAUGUGUAAUUCCAAGGGAUUAAUUUUUUAUAUAUUGUUGUUUUUUAUCUAUACUUUCAAAUGAUUCACUGAUUCUGAGAAUUAAAUAUUAUAAUACAGAGCUACCUUGACAAGUUGUUUACUAUUCAGGUCGCUGUGGGGUGUAUAUUUUUGUAAAGAAAAGAUUUUCGUCGUUUGAUAACCGGCAUUAUAUAAAAUAUGAAUAUCUAUAUACGAGACUGAUGCAUCUAAAUGUUCUUGAUUUUAGGUCUCUUCUGUUUUAAAAUUAGUUUUUAUCUUUCCUCCAAAAACUAUUGAAAAAAAAACAGAAGAGACCUAAAAUCAAGAACAUUUAGAUACAUUAAUAUAUCAAAAAGUUUAGAAAAUGAGAAAUUUGAGAAAUUUAUAUGAUAUUGUUGAAUGAACUAGUUCGUAUUUUAUAAAACGUAAUUAGAAAAAUCCAGGUGACAUGGUUCCCAUAGGAUAAAUUGUAUAUAAUCUAAAGCUUAGAUUUUCCGACCACACCGUGAGCUGAUAGAAGAAAGAGAUUACGAAAUUACAAGUGUCAAAUGAGUGCUCUGUGUAGUUUGAUUAGCGUAGUAUUUAUAUUUGGCAACGCCGCAUAAAGAAAAAGAA